UUAGGAAUAAGCGUGGUUCGGGUGACCGAAGAAUGACGAUUGCAUUAAGUAGUAGUCGUACCGGUAAUCGGAAGUCCUUGCUUGCUCCUGAUACUAGUCGAAGGGGAACUAUUGCUGGUGGUGGUGCUGCUGGGUUGGCCUUGGGUUCGAUUGACUUUCGGAGGUUUGGUACCCUAGGAGAAAGAGAUGAUGCUGGUAUUGAUGAAGCUGCAUCCAUAGCUGCCAGUGUGAUUGGAUCUCAAGAAGGUAGAAAACAGAAGGUUGUCAUCUGGCCUGAAUGGAGUGAUGCUGAUGUCAAUGGAGAAAAAUGGGAUGCCCCACACAAACCCAAGGAGAAAGACAAGGGCAAGAGCCCAAGCAGCAUGCAACACUUCUUUGAUGAUCCAGAGGGAAGAAUAGACCUACCUGGUAACCUUAGACAUCGUGUAGACCAUUGGAGAAGACCACAGGACUUCAUCACUGACAAGACGCCAGUAGUCUAUGAUCCAGAUAGCAAUCAGGACAUCGACCUACUCACUAACAAUGAACACCUUGAUGAAUGUGAGACAUUACGUUGGAUCACCAGUCAAAUCACCAACCUGUGGCACUCUACAGCCACGCCCAUCACCGAACCUCAUGAGGGAGUCACCAUAGCAGGGGGUAAGAUGCACCCCUGGAGGCCAUGGGACCAUAUCUACGCCCUCUGUAAAGUAGGAAAGGCACCCCAUCUACCCCUCUACAAUGCCCAUGGCAAAUACAUCAUCAGAAUAUAUUGGAUGGGAACAUGGAGGAAAGUGACGGUCGAUGAUACCAUCCCGUUUGAUGAUAAUGGAAAGAUGCUUCUACCCUGCUCCAGAUUGACCCAUGAACUUUGGCCUAUGCUCCUCACCAAAGCUCUCAUCAAAGUAUUCUCAUUAGAUUACUCAACUGGAAACAGCAGCUGUGAGUUUGGUGAUGUGACUGUGAUUCAGACAUUGACUGGGUGGCUACCUGAAACAAUACCUCUACAGUAUGGUCAUUUAGACAAGGUGUGGGAGCUGAUGAAGAAGCUUCUGCCAGAGUUCAAGCUCCCUGAGCUGGAUCCUCCCCCAUCGGAGGAGCUGCCUCCUGAAGAGGCUCCUAAGAAGGAGAAGAUGGGUGAUGAGAUGUCUGUGGUUACUAGGGAGUCUAACAAGGAUGGCAAAGGAGGCAAAGGAUUUGAUGGAAGAUCUGAAAAGGGAGACAAGGACUCUAGAGUCGGUCAUAAAGAGGACGUCAAAGAGGGAAAGAAAGACAAGAAGGACAAGAAAGACGACAAAGACAAAGACAAACGAGAAAUAACCUAUAAAGACCAGUCAAUGCCGAUGGUUCCAGAGAGCCCUCAAGUGACACUCUUUGUCAGCUAUAUACACCCUCCUAAGGUACCACUCAGGAUCUCGGUGCUUGGAGAAAUGGCUGAUGCAUCAGAGAAGCUUCGUCAGAAUGGUCUAUCCCAUGUCUACCCUCACCCUCUUAUGCUGACCCAGACCAGAUCUUGCCCCUUGGUAGCCCCACCCCCUCCACCUAAGAUUCCUUCCUGGAAGCUGAUACGCCCCAAGAAGAAGAAGCCAUCUCCUACUGAUGAGCCCUCUGAACCUGAAGUGAAGAAACCAGAGCAGUUUGUUGAACUGACUUCUCCAUUUGUCAACUACAAAGUCAGCUCUGUUCCCAUUCCUACAGACACGAAGAGACCUAACUCCUCUCUAUCUCGAGGAGCUGUCUCCAGACCAGAGACCUCCCAGAUGGGUGAGAUCUGUGAGGUAGAUGAGAAUGCUCCUGAGAAGACCGAGGAGGAGCUUGCCAAGGAGAAGGAGGCCAAGCAAAAAGCAGAAGAGGAGGCCAAGAAGAAAGAAGCAUUGGCUAAUAGCAUACCAGAUAUACAGAUGGGAGGAGUUGUAUCACCUGGAUUGAUGCCCAACACAUCCCCUAGAGAGAGACAGAAGUCAGCCAGGAAAACAAGUAGUGUCAAGGUUGAGAAGGUCGAUGAUAAGAAAACCAAAGAUGACAAGAAGGAACCAAAACUAGAUGUCCAGAGUCCGGCCCCGAAGAAGUCUGCCAAGAAAUCUCGGGGUACAGGUGAGAAGGAGAAGAUGUUCCCUGGCAAGCUGGAAUCCAAGGGGUCAAUGAAGGAUCUCAAAGGGUCAGGGGUCAAAGAGAAAAGCAAAGAGAGUGAGAAGGAGAAGAGUAGUGGGUCUAAAGAUGGAGGCAGCGGGCUGGGUGGGGCACUCAAACCCCCCGGUACCAGUGAGGGGUACAUGGACCAACCCCCUGAUACCUUCUCCGUUAUGACAGAUGGUGUACCCCGGUCUGCCCUCGGGGAGGGGUCAGUGAUGUUCGUUGAUGGGGAUACUCCAGCAGGGGACAAGGUCGAGGUCAAUCAGGCCGAUAAGAAAGUCUGGAUGGACUUUGAAGACUUCUGCAAAUGCUUCAAGACGCUAUAUAUUUUCCACAAGCCAAGUUCUUAUAUGUGCACACACAAAGUAUCUGAUCUGAAGAGUGAGUUACCGGGCGUGGUCGCUCAUCCAUCUAGUGCUCGAGGCGUCAAGGAACCAAACACUACAACAUCUUCCAGGAAGAGAACUACUACAAACAUUGACAUAUUGGCUGACACUAAUGUACAAGCUACUGCUGGAAAGAAGUCUGCUGCUCCCGGUGGUCCAACCAAUCCCAGUGGGUCGAUGACCUCCCAGACUCCUGCUAGGAUGCCCUUCAGUCCAUCACCACCACAUCAUACCACAACGGAUGAUCGAUCUCCUCAUUACAUGUUCGUUGAUAAUCUGGAGCCUACUGAGAUCAUUGUAAGCUUCUCAUCAUUGUCCAAGUGGUUUGAUCCUCCUGCGGACCUACCCAAGACUUCCCAUAGCUCUACAAGAGGAAAGGAUCAGCUCAAGGAUACAGAAUCCAUAGCUGGAUCGAGCAGUGUGGCUGAUGCAACCAUAACUCCCAAAGACACACCUGUGACACCCACCACACCCGGUCUCCUGGUAGCUGAGCCUUACUCCUGGAAGAGUCUGGUGGUUGGACAACCCAUCCUGAGGAUUCGCUCCACCUUCACAAAGGCUGCUGCUCUUACCUUGCCUCCUGGACGGCAUGUCCUUCGUUUCAUGAUGACAGCUCCUCUAGGAUACCAUGUCCAUCUCUGUUCCACUGUACCAUUUGUCUAUGGAGAUGAGGAAACUGUCAUGACUCAUCUCACAAAGGAGAGUUGUCGGUUUGUAGAUCAGGCCAUGCAGGUCAUGCAGACCAUAGGUAAUGCCAUCCAGAACUUCGACAACAAGGAACUCUUUAAUGCCAAUAUGAAGGAACUUAGCCUCCUACACUGUCCUGUACGCAACAAUACCCUGGCUGUCAUACACAAUCAUGAGGUGUUCAAGGAUGCCCUUUAUAACACAUUGCGGAGGGCACUCACCGAGAGUCUGACCCCAGAGAUGACCUUUGCUUGGAAGGCAUUUAACUUUGACGUCCUUACAAAGAACAUAGCUGGGAUACCUGUCAGCCAGAGUCGCCCAGCAACUGGUGCCUCACGAAAAUCUGCCAAACUGUUGAGAAAGAAGAAUGCAGAGGAAGUAGAACCACAAGGCGUUGAAGUUCCAGACCAGUGGGUGGACAGGCAACCUACAGAACUAGAAGACGUGGCAGUGACUCUAUUAGCCAGGUACUGGAGAGGGUGCUAUGUACGUAAAGUCAAGGCAGCCAGGAGUCCAGGAACCGUUGCUAAUGUCCAAGCUAAGGAGCAGCUUCAGAAAGCCUGGAGCAUCAUGGAGCCAAACCUGGAGCAACAUGCACUCCAUCUAUUCAGGACAAUGUUCAAGACUGAUCCUGAUCUGAUGCCUAACUUUACCUUCUUCCAAGAUGAGUGGAACAAGAUCUCCUAUGUGGACUUCCAGGGAACAUAUCAAGAACAACCUCCACACACAUGGUUUGUGGUCUUCAGGGAUGUGCUGUUUGUCCAAGAGCCUAUGUUGGUCGUUCCUAAGCUGUACUGCUCCAUUCCUACCUGUAUGCUGAGGGUUGUUGACAAUGAUACUGGUGAAGAGAUACCAAGGGUCUUCCAGAGAGUGGCUCCAUAUGAAUACAAGAAGAACAGGAGAGGCUACACCUUCCUUGCCGAGGCUCGAACCAGCGACCUACCGCUGACCAGCGGGAAGUGGAGGAUGCGUCUGAUUGGUUCGUCUAGUCCCCUCCCUCAGCCAAUCAGAGAUGGCAUCAAUAGUAACUUCCUCCUCAAAGAAAUCAGAGAUUAUUACAUCCCUAAUAAGGAGAAUAUUAUAAUGAGGUAUGUUGUAAAGCCACAGGAGGACCAUGUAUCCAGCAUACAGUUCAGUACAUCCAAACCAGAUGUGUACAUUAGUCUGGACAUACUAGAUAAUGAGGAGUCUGUAGCCAGUACAUCGGGGAAGGGUCAUGCAGUGAUCCCAGCUUUCACUUUCCUCAGGGAUAGGGAACCAGGGGAAGAGGAGAAGAGGUCAUCACGCUCCUCUGCCAGAGGAGCUCGAGGCCAUGGCAGUACAGCCAGUCUAGGAUCUGGCAAGAGGAAAUCACACUCAGCCAGCAGUCACGAUGGUCGAGGAUCGCGUGCUAGCAGAGCAUCUGGAGAUCUUAAUGAAGAAGAAAUGAAGCCACACAAGUACAUCAUCCAAGCUAAGGUGAUGAGGAAGAGCUGGCCUCUGUCUGAAAGCAGCUGGGCCUUCGUACAGGUCCUAAAAGAACUAGAGAAGAACGAGCUUAAAGUGGAACAAAACCAUUCCUUUCACCCCACGGCCAUCUUCCUUGAGUACAAAAUUCCGGAAGAUUACGACGAAGACAAAAUGGAAUCUCCGUCCCGACUGAGAAGAGCAAGAAAAAAGGACAGAGUGGAGAGUACAUCAUCAGACGCAAAAGGGGAUAGAGAAGAUUCGCAGGAGAGAAGAAAAGCCAACAAAGAGCGUCCUCUAUCCCCAGGUAAGGGUGAUGCCAAGGCAGCAGCUAAGGAUCGUGGUAAGAAGGGCAAGGACAAGGGUAAAGACAAGGACAAAGAUAAGGACAAAGGCAACGCGUCUAGACCAUCCUCACAACAGUUUGAUAGUACCAAGCCUAACUGGACUCUUAGAGUGGUCCUGGACCAGACACCAACGGAGGAGGUUGAGAUCCGCCGUGAUACGGAACGUCAGGAUGAGAUCCGUGCUAUGAAGCAGGCAUGGGAAGCAGCUGAUCCUGGUCGGGCUGCCAAGGCACAAGCAGCAAGGGAGAAGUUCCUCAAAGAACAUCUGAUCAAGCUAGAACCAGAAGAAGACCAGACAGCAGCGCAACCAGAACAAACAGAGGCUGCAGAAGCAGCAGAAGUUGGUCCACCGCAGACUCCAGCCUCUGAGAUGGAACCUCCAAUUAAUGAUACUAUCCUUACCAAUGAGCCACCGCCUCCACCACCAGCCAAGGAGAUCCUCAAGACCAUGGACUAUACACCUUACAUCAGACCUGCAGACUUCACAGGUGAACCUAGGCUGAAGGAUGAAGAGGAGGUCCAGAGACAGUUUGAGGUGAAGCAGAGAGAGAUCAAGGAAUAUACCCUCUUCAGAGAGGCUGUACUGGACGAGAGAGAGCAGGAUAGAAAGAGAAGGAACCUCACCAAGGAGAAACAGCUCAAGAAGUGUAUAGAAUUACAGACUAGUCUUGAUGAGAGGAGAGAAGAGAUCAAUAAACCAAGGGAAGCCUUCAGGCAGAAGUUCCUUGAGGCUGAGAAGAAGCGCCUUGAGGAGAUCGCUGCAGCGGAGGCAGCGUUGAAGGCAGAACAGGCCAGGAGAUCACCAUCACCUAAGGGCAAGAAGAGCCCUAAAGGAAAGAAGAGUCCUGGAAAGAAAAGUGCUAAGGGAAAGAAGAAAUAAAAUGUUUGGAGAGUAAGGGUUGUCACUUGUCUAUUGAAGUGGUUUCAUAUCAUACAUUCCUUGUGUUCCAACUUUGUCUACUAGCAGACGGUUGAAUUCUCAGUUUGUCUAAUGCCAUCAUGGAUAAACCCACCCUGGUCGUAUCAAUAUGGUCCAAGUUUCACUUUGACUGCUUACCAUUUUGCUCUUUAUCAAAUGAAAAUGCAGUUCAAAAACAGUUCCUCCAAUCAUAUAGACUAAAUGGUGUUAUAUCAAAAUAGAUAUUAAUCCAAAUGGAUAUAGGCUUCAUUGUAAAUCAGACAAGAUAAUAAUGAGCUAAAUGGCAAUAGACCAAAUGGUUAGGUGGUGAAUUUGGUUGUAGAUGAAUUAUGAUUGGGUGUCCACCAAGUGGCAAUUUACCCACUUCUUGUAGGAAUUGUAAUCCUGUAUCUGCCUACCAAAUGGAAAGCAAAUCUUAUAAACAAGAACUAAACACUGAAGAGAAGGGUCUGAAUAGACCGAGUGAGAGGAGGAAUGGAAGCUUUCUUUAUGAGCUGAUAAUUGUAGAUGCUGAAAGGGUACUUAAAGGGGAAGUUCACCCUGACAAAAAGUUUAUUGUAAAAAU